AUGUACAAAACAGGUGACCGAGAAGAAAUUGAUGACCUCAUCGACUUCCUCGACGCCUUCUUAAAAGAAGAACAUAUCGAUGACCUUGAAAACUACCUUUUGAACGAGCUCCAAUUUGCAAAUAUCGAGGCUCCGGUGGAAGUCCUUAAGCAUGAUUCUUACCACAUUGCAAGUCUCUUAUUUUGGGAGGUGUUUGGGCUGGAUCGCUUCAAAGUAGUGUCUUCAGUUGCCAGAGAAGAGAUUGUAGCCCUUUGGGGAAGGUUUAUAAAAACCAUACAAGUGAGAGCCGUGCUUGACUUUCUUCCUUUAAAACGUUUUGUUCUGAUAAUGGAAGAUACGGGCUCUUUGGAAGUUCUAACAACAGCGGUGAAUAUUCUCGUGUGGUUGAUAUCUGAGGAUGAUAGUGAAGAAUCAUCGGACUUUCUUGACUAUACUCAGUUCCUCGGGGAAGUGCUUAAAUGGUACUUGACUGAAAGUUCAGCUGGUGAGUGUGUGGAUUCCUUGUAUGAAUUGCUUCACGAAUGUAUCGAUGACUCUUUAGAUAUUGCAAUUGAAUUCAUAGACAAGUCUAUUGAUCAGCUACCUCUGGUAUAUGAUUUUGCCAUGAUGGAGAGGUACCGGGAAGUAUUUGAGAUUGUGCUAAGUCGAGAACUUGAGAUUCCAGAAUCUCUUCUCCUCAAGGUGGUUUACGUGGCUGAGUUGGAGAUAUUCAGCAAGCAAGUUAAGGAUCUAGAGACGCUUAUGGAAUUCUACACUGCCUUGUGGGAGCUUCUGGAAAAAUCACCAAAGAAUUCUGUGGAACGAAUAAUUCAAAAGCUCAGUUUCAAAGAGCCCGAGCACCUCAAGGUUUUGGAGAUUUUCGAUUACAGCUUCAUCGAGGAGAAGUGUACAUUCUUCAAUGAGAAGCUCCAACUGUUAAAGCUAUCAAAAGACAUGUACGCAAAAAAGGCAAUUUGGAGAACAAUGAAAAAUCCAGAAUUUUUUGCCAUGUUUGCUAAAAACGGGCAGUUGUCCAUGGAUGAGUUUGGGCAAAUGGAGGAGCCUCUACUCUACGAGUACCUAAAUAACCUAUCUCAACACACCCAUUCCCAUGAGUACCUUCUUGAAAAUACGACAGGAGUGAUAAGGGUGUUUUGGAUGAUAAUGAAAGAUGAUCCUUUGGACGAGGGAGCUUGA